AUGGCGCAACAAUUCCUUGCCGACCGCAAUGGCUGGCUGUCCUUUAGGAGCAGCACGCCGCUGCUCUACAUUACCGCUGAAGAUGCCGAGUUUGAUGUCCAGACUAUGAAGGCAUGGCGCGACGAGGGCUUCGUCGUUGAAUACAUUCCCAUGGGCAAUGGCGGGAAGCAGUAUGUGCAGACACUCCAUAAGCUGGGCGAGAACAUGAGUAUCGGAGAGCGUUACGCUAUCGUAGCUUUUGGAGACGCAGCUGCUGUGUGCUUAGACAUCUUUUCGGAGCCCAGGGCCGCAACCUCGAAACUCUGUUCCCUCAUCGCUUACUACCCGACUUCGAUUCCCGACACACGACAUCGCUUCACCUCCUCUUUCCGCGUCCUUGUACACCUCGCAGAGGGCGCAUCCGGAAAUGAGUGCACUGUGGGCGUGGUGCGCCGCCCAGAAGUCCUCGGCAUCCAGGGCAAGCGGAAAACGGUGCAGAAGCGCGUCACACCUGGCAUUGGCGUUGGAGGUUUGCAGGACAAAAUUUUAUAUCCUUGCUUCACGUACGAAGGCGUGGACGCUGGAUUUGCCGAACAUGAUCUGCCCGAAUAUGACGCCGUCGCUGAUGCGCUGGCAUGGAGCCGAAGUUUGAGCACAGUAAGAAAAGGCUUCAGUGCUGAAGUUGACUUGGAACGAGUAUUGGAACAGAACGAAGAGCAAAAAUUCCAUGGCAAGGCAGUCGACAAACUCUUAGAAACAUAUACUCGGAGCCCUAGGCCCUCCAUAAACUUUACCCCAACGAUGACAGGCGGUAUCGGCGUGUCCGACCUCAAACGCUUCUACCGGGAUUACUUCCUGAGAAGCUGUCCGCCAUCCCUCCACAUGCGUCUCAUCUCGCGUACUAUAGGCGCCGACCGUAUUGUCGACGAAAUCUACUUCAACUUCAAGCACACCUGCCAGAUGCCAUGGAUCCUACCGGGCGUCCCUCCCACAAACGAAAAAGUCGAAAUUGUCGUUAUUAGCAUUGUUGGCUUCCGUGCCGGCAAGAUCUGGAGCGAGAGGCUGUAUUGGGAUCAGGCUAGUGUGCUUUUCCAAGUUGGAUUGCUAGAUCCAGAGGAGGUCCCGAAGGAGUUCAAGGGCAAGGCCAAGAGCGGGGAUGAUGAAGAUGGCGAUGGAGGCCUUGAGAUGCUGCCUGUUAGUGGAAGCGAGGCCGCGAGGAAGGUUAUGGAUAUUGAAAGUGAGGAGUUCAAUGAUAUGAUUGAUGAUUGGUAG